UCAUUGGUAAGAGACAGCAUAAGGUGAAAAGAACAUUGUAAAACAGACUUCUUGGAAUCACACUAAGCCAGACUGCUAAUGGAUUGUGAAUUCUGUCAUUUUCUUGCUUUCCGGAAGCAUUUACUUAACAUUAAUACGUACUUUUACUGAAAAAUUGUGAUGAUGAACGUGUGGAUAACAAGGUGAGUUUUUGUGAGCUUCGGUGACAGGAUUUUAUACAGUGACGUCACACCAGACGGCACGAUGGCACAGAGAUAUCUGGCCGCCUUGGACUACGCCGAUUACAAUGCCAGACUAAUUCUCCGCAAACAUGCCAAGAAACGCCCCCUGGGAGAGAUUGAACUUCGGCAUAGGUACACUCCAGCUCAGCCAGUUCUAUCCUGUCGGACUGUCGACAUUGAUGUUAGUGGAACACGGACUUAUCGACCUAAAUCAUCCACAGACAUCAUUCAGGAACAACACAGGCUCAUCCAUGCACUUUAUACCAAACGAUCUGUUGCAUCAGCACCACCUAGAAGAAAUGUUCCAGCUCAACAUAACAACAGAAAGCUCCAAAGAAUAAAUAUCCAAGUAACUGGUCAACCAUUGUCAACUCAGUCCCAGAUUCAGGUUCCAAUUAGGAAGAAGACAAACACAAGAAAGCCCAAACUCUCUGGCAGAGCCAAGAGUGCUCCAUCUGGUAAAGUUGUGAGGUGGAGUGACGAUGAGGACUUACUAAUGACAAGUAGAUCUACAAAAGUCCUAACCUCUAAAAUCCACCAACAAUGGCAGCCGGAGAACCAUGAUCUAAACUCGGGUGUCUUUGUUCGUGGUCAGAGCAAAGCUGAUACCCCAUCAAGCCUCGACUCAUGGCUAACCUUUGGGGGAUCUGCUGUUGCAGGGGACAAUCCAGGGGGCAUAAUUGAUGCCUUUGCACAAUUUAAGGAUUGUGGAGAGUUUUACAGUAUUGAGGGGGGUGUGGGAAGUAAAAUUGCACAACAGUUACAGAAAGGAGAUCGUGUCAGGAUAGGAAUUAAUGGACGACCUCAGCCACAUCAUCUGAGAAUCAAACAGAGAAGUCUGAGCGAGGAAGUAAUUGAAGAAGAACCGCAGACCCAAAUGGAGAGAAAGCCAGUUGUCCCUCUGUGUUGGGAUGACCAAGUAAAUAACCCAACAGCAAAAGUUAUCUCCCCUAGAUCAAACAACAAUGAUCAGCCCCGACCUAGUCUUUGUGAAACUCAUCCAGUUGUAUUCAGUCAUCCAGAAGAAAAUAAAAUGCGCCCUAAACUCGCCUCUCCUUCACACGAUGGGUAUAAAGUCCGCCAACGACCCAAGUCUGGACCAGGCCUGGAUGGCCAUGAUCAACAAAACAAAAUUGUAGUUCUCUCCAUUGACCCAAGUGUCGAUGAGGAUCGACUCCAGUCUUUGACGGUGGAUGACGUGCUCAAGCAUUCCAUCAGUGCCAAAAACUCUCAUAAACAGGAAGUUACGAAAAAGGAACCCUCUACAGAAAAUAGUGCUUCUCCCCCAGUGGAUUCAGUGUCAGAUCCUGAUGACAAUGAUCGGAGCCUAGGUAAAUCUAGUGUGGCUGAAUCUCCUGUCAGCAGCAGUAGUGAACUAUCAAAAACUCCAAAAUUCAAGACUGUCACUCCAUCAUUUUCUGUGCAGUCAUGUGCAGUUGCUGACCUAACAGUUGGGCCUCCUUCUGGCUCUUUUGUAAGAUCUCAGAGUGAGUUAAGUACAAGAUCUGCUGCUUCUAGUCGACCAGGAAGUGACAGGUCUCUGAGUAGGAACAGUGACAGAACUAGUACAAAACAUAUGUACAAACCUGGUCCUAGUAAGCCCAUCCGAGUCAGCAGUCCGGCUUCCUUUGCUGUUUAUGGAACAAAAGGAGAUACAGAAUUCAUUCAAAUUUCCACACAGAUCAGGAACCCUAAUCCUAGAGAAAAUUCUGUAAACAAGAACUCUGAUAACUUUAUUACCCAGACAGUGAGUGAGGAGGCCAUCCGUCAAGUUACCAAGCAGAACAAGGCAGAGGAGAGGGCAAUUCCCAGGGUAACACCUGCCCCUGCAUCCUCCCCAGAGCCCCCAGAACUGCAAUUGUCCACAGCUACUCCAGUAGCAAUCAAUAUUCCUACUGCAGAAGACUUUUCUGAUCGAGACUCCAUGAUGACAUCACCCUGGCCAACCAAUCGUCAUGACAAUAAAGAAGUGGAAAGAAUAACAACUCUGAUGGAAGAUACUGUGGUGGAACAUGAAACAGCUCAAAAGUCUGUCAAGUUCAAAGUUGAAAAGUGAACCCCCAUUUAAAUUGCAAAAUAGCUGAGAAAAUCCUUGUCUUUCCUCUGCACUCCAUCUGGGAUGUGUCAGAUAUAAUAUCACACUUGAGAAACUUUGAUUACAUGUAAAUUAUGUAUAAUAUGAAUGUCCUGUUGCUCACAAAGUUUAUCUCUUCCAUUGAAGAUUAAAAUGCACUUUUUUAUACAUAUAUUUUUGAUGUACAUGUAUGUAUGUUAUUCAAAGAUUACUUUACAUGGAUUUUUUUUUUUGAAUACCGGUAUAUCUUCUUCAAAAUGUGAUUCUUCAGUUUUUAUUCAGAAUAUCUAUGCAGAAAGAUAACUCUUUGUAUAUGGAAUUAAAUCUGUGAUUUAUGUUGUGACAGAGUAAUCAGGGCUACAUGUUGGGGAAAAUCUACUGUGUUGUUUAAUUGUUAGUAGUAGACAGUUUAUUUGGUAGUCACUAGCAAGUAGCAGCUGAUAUCAAUUUAACUUUGUAGGAGAUAUAUUUUCUCUCUUUGUGAGUGAUCACCCCCUCCUCCCCCAGAUCAAAGAUUGGGGGCAUUUUGUUUUGUCUCUUUCUAUACAAGACUUAAAAAAUUCCUGCUUGUUUUUAUUUAAAUACUGUACUGUGCAAAAACUUUUACUCUCAAUCAGACCCAAACAAUUUGAUUAAAAUUAGAUCCUUUGAUCUGCUCACGUAGAUUGCUACACACCUUAUGUAGCGAUCUAUGUGAGCUGAUCAAAGAAUCUGAUUUUAAUCAGAUUGCAGACACAAAACAUUGUAAAGCUGGAAAUUUUUGCAGAAAUUUGUACAUGUGUAUAUAUGCGGAAUUGGGACUAAUAUGCUAUAUUAGUCUGAUGCUUUUAGGUAUCUUCCCUUUUGUUGUUUUGCAAAAUUUAUUUCAAAUUUAUUAGACCCACAAAAUUGCAAUAAAAAAUUAUUCACGGCAAAUAAACAGCUUUAUGUAAGUGCGCCUGCAUUUAAAAAAAACCCAAUAAUGAAUCAUUAGUCUUGUGACAUCAAUCUGUAUUUGAUGAAGGGUCCAUUGUAUAUUCGUUAAUUGCAGCAAUGUGCGUGCUUUUUGUAUUUUAUCAGUAUAUAUGUAAAUCCGAACCCCUUGAUGUGAUAUUUUAAACAUUAAUGUUUAUCUGUGUUUACAUUUCUGUACUAUAUUUCUAAUACAUAAUGCAGUGCUAUUAAAUUCAUUAAAAUUUAAUGAAGUAUUGUGUGCAUAACUGUAUUGACAACGCUGUUUUUGUCCAGUAGUGUCUUAUCAUUUGUUACUACAUAUACCAAUAAUUUCCAUCGAUGUUUUCAUGUGGUUUCUGUUAAUUCUAGCUAUCAUUUUCUGUGUCACCUUGCAGUGUGUACUUUGAAAAUUAACUUACAUGCAAGGAAAUGUUAUAUGAAUUUUUACAUUUUUCAUAGAAUAAAGAGAGUACAACUUGAA